AUGGAGGCCGGCCAGAUCGGUGUGGCGCGACACACCACACCGGAGCUUGCUGCUGUGCUGGUCGUCGACAACGACGCAACUCCGACGGGACCUAGACGCCCAAGAGAGAGAAGGAAGAUGGCGGACAAGGGGAUGGCCAACUGCAUCGACAUCAUCCUCGCCAUCAUCCUGCCGCUGCUCGACGUCUUCCUCAAGUUCGCCUGCGGGAUCGAGUUCUGA